UGGUACGAUAAGUGCUGGAAGUGUGAUGAAGCAGACUUGCUCUGAGAAGUCUCAUUAUCCGAUCUGACUCCAGUUAUUGAAACGAGAUGGCUGCGGUAUUUGCAAACUUUGUUGCUACCGUCUUCUUGAUAAACCUGAUGAUAGCAGACAUCCAAGCCGAGUGUUGUCACGCGACUGGUAGAGGAUAUUGUGCGGACUGCAGUUGGGUGCCUUUAUUCAAUUACUGUGGCAAAGGGAAGUGCAAUAUAUUUGGCUGCGCAUGCCAGGGAGGGUGCAAAGAAAGCUGUAACCCAACGACUGUGUAUCUAACCGGGCGUUGCGUUUGUAAUGACAGAAAAAGGGAACUUUCAAGACCUCUUACGGGUGCUGACGCAAACGAUGUAUUCGUAGGCGGUGAUGGAUUCAUAUCUUUGAAGUGAAGUUUGAUGCCAUGGAUGAAAACAAGGAUGGCGAAAUUGAAGCUGACGAAUUUGACUCCGAUCUAAUUUAGAA